UUCCCGGUGCCCUGCUAGCUCCCGACAGCGCGCACACACACACACCACACCGCUCAAGGUAGCCCUGGAAGUUCCGCGCCAAUCUUCGUCUUAUGGCUGACCAGACCGUGGUGGAGAAAAUGAGUGAGAUGCAGGUGGACGCGAGCAAAAAGGGAGGAGCUGACGGUGAGAGAAAAGAUGGAGGAAAGAAAAAAGCUAAAAACACUGCUGGAGAUUCUGCUGGCAAGUCUGAGCUGUCACCACCACCUCAGUACAUCGACGAGCGUCUGUCUUUGUACACGAAGCUCAAGGCCGAACACGACGCUCUGACUGCUGAGAGAGCCGCAAAGGAGAGCAGACCCAUUAAGGUGACCCUUCCUGACGGGAAGGUGUUGGAGGCAGAAUCCUGGAAGACCACACCAUACCAACUAGCAUGUGGAAUCAGUCAAGGCCUGGCCGACAACACGGUUAUUGCCAAAGUCAACAACAGUGUGUGGGACCUGGACAGGCCUUUGGAAGACGACUGCAGCCUUCAGUUGCUCAAGUUUGAUGACGAGGAAGCACAAGCAGUUUACUGGCACUCCAGCGCCCACAUCCUGGGUGAAGCCAUGGAGAAGGUGUACGGAGGCUGCCUCUGCUACGGCCCCCCGAUCGAGAGCGGCUUCUACUACGACAUGUUUUUGGACAACAACGAGGGCGUGUCCAGCAAUGACUUCCCCUGUCUGGAGAACCUGUGCAAGAAAAUCAUCAAGGAGAAGCAGCCGUUCGAGAGGCUAGAAAUCAAGAAGGAAACUCUCCUGGAAAUGUUCAAGUACAACAAGUUUAAAUGCCGCAUUCUGAAUGAGAAGGUCACCACGCCCACCACCACAGUCUACAGGUGCGGUCCUUUAAUUGAUUUGUGUCGAGGGCCUCAUGUGAGACACACCGGCAAAAUUAAAGCCCUCAAAAUCCACAAGAAUUCCUCUACCUACUGGGAGGGAAAGGCGGACAUGGAGACUCUCCAGAGGAUUUACGGAAUAUCGUUCCCCGACCCCAAAAUGCUGAAGGAGUGGGAGAAGUUUCAGGAGGAAGCCAAGAACAGAGAUCACCGCAAAUUGGGACGGGAGCAGGACCUGUUCUUCUUCCAUGAACUGAGCCCGGGGAGCUGCUUCUUCCUGCCUAAGGGGGCCUUCAUCUACAACACGCUGAUUGAGUUCAUCAGAAGCGAGUACAGAAACCGAGGCUUCCAGGAGGUCGUGACGCCGAACAUCUACAACAGCAAGCUGUGGGUGACCUCCGGACACUGGCAGCACUACAGCGAGAACAUGUUCUCCUUCGAGGUGGAGAAGGAGAUCUUUGCCCUCAAGCCCAUGAACUGCCCUGGACACUGCCUGAUGUUUGAUCACCGCCCCCGCUCCUGGAGGGAGCUGCCCCUCCGCAUGGCCGAUUUCGGCGUUCUGCACAGGAACGAGCUGUCAGGCGCCUUGACCGGCCUCACCCGCGUCCGCCGCUUCCAGCAAGACGACGCGCACAUCUUCUGCUCCAUGGACCAGAUUGAAGAGGAGAUCAAAGGUUGCCUUCACUUCCUGCGGGCCGUGUACGACGUGUUUGGCUUCACGUUUAAGCUCAACCUCUCCACAAGACCAGAGAAGUUUCUGGGGGAGCCAGAGAUGUGGGACCAAGCGGAAAAGCAACUGGAGAACAGCUUGAACGAGUUCGGGGAGAAAUGGGUCCUCAACCCAGGCGACGGCGCUUUCUACGGCCCCAAGAUCGACAUUCAGAUCAAAGACGCCAUUGGGCGAUACCAUCAGUGCGCCACAAUACAGCUGGAUUUCCAGCUCCCCAUCCGCUUCAAUCUGGCCUACGUCAGCCAUGAAGGAGAUGACAAGAAGAGACCAGUCAUCAUCCACAGAGCCAUUCUGGGAUCCGUAGAGAGGAUGAUCGCCAUUCUGACGGAAAACUAUGGAGGGAAAUGGCCGCUGUGGCUGUCCCCCCGCCAGGUGAUGCUCGUCCCUGUGGGACCCACCUGCGAGGAGUAUGCCGAGAAGGUCAAGCAGGAGUUCCACAGCAGCGGCUUUAUGGCGGACGUGGACCUGGAUCCCAGCUGCACCCUGAACAAAAAGAUCCGGAACGCACAGUUGUCUCAGUACAACUUCAUCCUCGUUGUUGGGGAGAAGGAGAAGACGAGCAACACGGUGAACGUUCGCACCCGAGACAACAAGGUCCACGGGGAGUGCAGCGUGGAGGAGUGCAUCCAGCGUCUCAAACGGCUCAAGGCCUCCAGGAGUCGAAACGCGGAGGAGGAGUUCUGAGCUGGCGAGCAGCACCAAGUCCAGCUUCUCAUCAGGGACGGAAAGGCCGCCAAUGUUCACGCAGCUUCACUUUUUCUCUCAAACAAAUGUGGGAUUUCUGUUUUUUGUUUGUCUUCCGAGGUCGAUUUUUAUGACUGUCUAGUUUAAAAAGACGCUAGAGCUCCUCCCCUCUCUGCUAACUGCACUGGGCUGUGUUCAAAUCAGAUCAUUGGAUUGUUUUUUUUCUUUUUUAAGCAGCAACUGAACAAAGUGAUCCAAACUGCGGGAAACGGUUUGUUUCUCUGUCCUGAACUUCUUCCUCCGUCUUUUCUGUGGGAAAUUGUACUUGAGCCACAGUUUUGAUAAUAAACUGUGUAUUCUGGAGGGA